AUGAGAGCCCAAUUCAUUUGGGUAGGCUAUUACGAUGAUGCCGUGAGGCUUGGGUUAGACCGUGAGCUAGGUAGCAUGCUCGAGAUUGGUAAGAUUGGUCUAAAAGAGAUAGGUCAGGUGGAGUACUGGAUUGGGUCGAUGCAUAUUAUGGCUGAGGACUCGUCCAGAAUAAGAAUUAGGUUGUACAAGGAUAAAGUUAGGGAUAACAUUAACAUACAAAGAUUUUUAGACGAGAAUAGUUUAAAGUAUGGUGAAAGAGAAGCUGAAAUGGUGAUUGAAAUUGAAAGAUGA